CUUUCCCUCGAUGCCUUGCCUUGCUUGGAGCAUUGGCGUUAAGGCGGGGAUGCAUGUCAAGCGGUUUUGUUGUGCAUUGACAAGUUGAAGCGCAGCAGCACAACGCAACCCUAAGAAGGCGCGUCUGGAAGGUUGCAUUUGCACUACGAGUGACGCAAGCCCAAGCAAUUCAGGCGCGGUCUUGGGUCGGAUUGAUUGCGGAGAGCUUGCGAGGUGUAUGUGAGUUGGAGGGGGGGUCAGAAUCAUGGCGGCGUUGCAAUAUUUGGAGAAGCAGAGAGCAGCCCAGCCGGAGCUCGCCGAGUGGUACACCAGCAUGGCGGAUCUGUACCAGCGCAAGCUCUGGCACCAGCUCACGCAGAAGCUCGACCAGUUUGUGGCGCUCACCGUGUUCCAGGCGGGGGAUACCCUUGUACAGCUAUAUCAUAACUUUAUUCGGGACUUUGAGACCAAGAUCAAUUUGCUGAAGCUCGCCCACUUUGCUGUCAUCGUAUCGAAGCAGUAUCCGGAAAAGGAUGCUGCAAUUGCGUAUCUCGAGGAGGUUAUUGAGAAGCUUAGGACGUCCGGAGAGAGGCGGGUGGAAGAGCCUAUUCUGUAUGUGAAGAUGCAGGUUGCGGCAAUGAAGUUGCAGCGUGGGGAGAUACAAGUGUGUAAGAAGCUUCUGGAAGAAGGAAAAACUACUCUGGAUAGCAUGACGGAUGUUGAUCCCUCGGUUCAUGCGAGUGUGCACUGGGUCUCUUCGCAGUAUUACAAGUCCCGGCAAGAAUUUGCCGAAUUUUACAAGAGUGCUCUCCUGUACUUGGCUUACACCUCUGUGGAAACAUUGUCGGAAGACUUCAAGCUGGAUCUAGCAUUUGAUCUAUCACUGGCGGCCUUGUUGGGGAACAAUAUUUAUAAUUUCGGAGAGCUUCUUGCUCAUCCCAUUGUCAAUAGCUUGUUGGGGACUAGUGUGGAGUGGCUGUACUUUAUCUUGCAAGCUUUCAAUGCCGGAGAUUUGACCAGAUAUCAGGAGCUGUGUGGUCAAUAUCAGUCUGCCCUAACAGCACAACCUGCACUUGUUGAGAAUGAGAAGAAGCUCUGGGAAAAGAUCAACAUCCUGUGCCUCAUGGAAUUGAUUUUCAGCCGCCCAUCAGAAGAAAGGACGAUUGAACUUAGUUUGAUUGCUGAGAAGACCAAGCUGUCACUGGAUGAAGUGGAGCAUCUUUUGAUCAAGAGCUUAUCUGUACAUUUGAUCGAGGGUGUUAUUGAUCAGGUCGAUGGAACAGUGCGAAUAUCAUGGGUACAGCCACGAGUUUUGGGAGUUCCUCAGAUAACUGCAUUGAAAGACAGACUAGAAAAUUGGUUACAGAAAGUGCAUACAACGUUGUUAGCUGUUGAAGCAGAAACCCCGGACCUUAUGACUGUUUAAAUUUAGCUUAAAACAGGUGCCACCUUCUUUGGAGUUGCAAUUCUCUUUUAUAAAUAGGAUGCCAAACUAGAGGACUUCGGAAUGUACUAUUUUUGCCCUUUCUGAGGCAGUCUUGAAGCUGUUCGGGUACUAGUGGAGUUUUGUACUGCGUGCGACAAGAUGCA